AUGACUCAGAGAAUUCUAGAUGUAUCAAAAAGUGUUGACAAAGAAUAUCAAAUAAUUAAUUAUCUCAUAUUUGGAUAUAAAGAUAUUUCAAAAUUAAAAACUAGACCCCAAAGGAUUGCUGAUUUUGGUUUUGAUAUUUAUUUAAUUGAUGCUGUUACUAAGGAAUCAACGAAAAUUCAUAAUUAA